GUAUUUUAUAUGCUGUGUAAAUAUUUUGUUGUGGUAUGUUUCUAAGACACCAGUUAUCUUGUGCUGAUCAAUGUAACAAUUUCUUACCAAUGUUUGUAUGCAGAUAUGCGCCGCUUACUAGCUCCCUAAGCAAAACAUAUAUUUAAAACCAUUGAAUAUUUGCAGCUGUGUUUUUUAAAACCAUCAAUUCGUCUGGUAUACAAACAUCAAUGCAUUCGUUUGAACGCUUGUGAAGUCUUUCAACGAAAUCUCUUGACUGUUGGUUAACUUGCGAAUGUUUUCAUUAUGCUAACGUGCCGCAACGUCUGAAUUGAUAAUUAAUUUUUAUACGCAUCUUCAAAAAUUAUCUUUUUAUAAGAAUUUAUUUUUGAGAGAAAAAGUCUCAAAAGUUGGGACUAGAUAUAACUGAGUUAAAACAUGGUUGCCGAAGCUCGUGCCGACUCGUUCAUGGACGUGGCGGGAGUGCGUGUGAAGCCGGCGGUGAUCGAGUUCCGAGAUGCAGAGGCACGCCAGGUGUACAAAAAGACCAUCACUAUACAAAAUAUCAGUCCAGCAAGUCGCAAGAUCAGAUUCUACGCACCCAAUAACAAGCAGCUGUUCAAGCUGGACGUGGUCAAUCCGGACAGGCAUGUGGCCAGUGGACUAGAAGUGACUGCAACUCUCCAGUUCUGCUCUGGCGCAGACAGUGCCAGUGAUGUCACAGACCAACUCACGUUGCAGUCAGACCACGAGAGCGUCACCAUACCCAUCUUCGUGUACAAACCACAGUGUUUUUUGGAUGUCGAAAAAGAGGUGAACUUUGGCAACGUGGUCAACAAUUCCAAAGUGGUGUCGAAGGAUAUCCUCAUCUCCAACUCUGGAUCCCUGGCCGGCGACUUCAAAGUCAAAUACUCUGGAUCUCUUCCGAUUACAAUCACCCCUGGCACAGGGACAGUGCCUCCUCAUUCCUCUGUCAAAGUCAAGGUUGACUUCGUGGCUAAGAGCGAAGGUCCCUUCGAAGAGAGCGCCAAAGUGACGUUGGAGGGAAGGGAAGUGGACGUAGUGUCCAUAACAGGCAAUGUCGUCAAACACUCCCUCGAGAUACUGGACGCAGAGAGCGGACAGCAAAUGCAAAAGUCCCCCGGAUGGAGUUGGCGUUGGUGGGGACUGCUCUGCCCAUCCUGGUGUCCCUCACUCCCCCCUUGAGACGCUUCGACUUCGAGGAGUGUGAGGUGGGGGAGAGGAGGGAGUUGGUGUGUGAAUUGACCAAUGAGUCAGACACCCUCCCUAUCCACUUCAAGUUCAAAAGAGUCGCCCACUUCUCAACCGACCCCAAGAAGGGAAAUAUCCCACCCAGCAAGUCCCAGGAAAUUCUGUUCUCUUUCCUACCCAAUCAAGCUGGAGUUUUCAACACGACCCAACUGAUUGAAAUACUGGGUCCUGUAGUCAACACAUCAGACAGCAGUGGUGACUCAUCAUCUUCAGCCCUUCUUUCUCCGAUGACCUUGACUUUGACCCCAAUUCACACCAUCUACAUUCCCCUGACAGGCCAGAGCAAACCAGUGACCCAAAUACCACCCAUCAAGUACAACCCAGGAAUCACUCCACUAGUGCACAACGAGGUUGGUCCCAACGCGGAAACUACCCUGCAACAACUGAAGCCCUUCACCCCCAAGUGUGCCGUUCUGAAUGCACCCCGUGUUGAUUCUGUUCACGCGAACAGAAAUGAGCUCAAUGAACAGCAGCUGUUCAUGCGCAAAGACACCACCCUUGUCUCGUUCCCCAAUGACAGGGCAGUCAGUGUCAGACCCAGUGGAACACAUUUCAAGUCACUGUUUACCCAGACGAAUAGAUACUCGUAUGUGGACCCUGAUUACGCCUACUCGGAGGAAGAGGCGAGAGAGGUCAAAGCCCACAAGGAGAAGUACAUCAACUACAUACAACACACGAGGAAUUUGCGCAUGGACAAGAAAGACACCAAACAACACAUGGAGUUGAGUGACCCUGUGAACAUUGGGUUGAAGCCGGCCAAUGGACUUAAACCCCCAAGGCCGGCAGUUGCGGAACUGGAACAGGAGAUGAAAGCAGCCGACAGUAAGAGCAAGCCGAAUAAAACUGGUCAGACUGGCAAGCAGAAAGGUGACAGCCGAGACACAGGAGCAGCAGAUGAUGGGAACGUGAACAAACUUCUGAGUGCGAAGAGUCUGAACGAGUUGGAGGAGAAGGCGAGUAGACGUAAAGUGGUGGAUGGACUGAAUGCGCAGCCGUCAUCCAAUCAGGAGAAGGUGGACUGUGCGAAGAUUCUGACGUCACAGCAGCUGCGAAGUGUGGUUGUGGGACCACCUUCGGUCGACUACGGACAGAUUUGCUUAAGGUCUGUGAACAGCAAAGACCUGGUGAUCGCGAACAACUUGGGUCAACACAUCCACUUGGCAGUGAACAUAGACUGCAGGGAGUUGAGACAGACCAGUCCCCUGACUCAGGUCAUCCCUUCCCACUCCAAGGCCACUCUCCCACUGGUGUUCGAGAGCAACACCAAGGGACGCUUCCAAAGGAACAUUUCCUACACCAUCAACUAUACGCAUGUAAACCAUAUUCUGGUCUACGCCGAUGUGGUCCCGGUGGCACUGGAACUGAGCGAGACUGACUUAGUACUGCGUCCGGAUGUAGGAGGCUGUUCGGCAGGCGGAGGACCUAUUGUUUUCCGGGAGACUGUGACGCUGAUUAACAAGAGGAACUACGCGGCCGAGUUCACAUGGAGUCCCAUCAUUGGGGAACAGGGCACUGCUUUCUCCGUCCGGCCAGCGACAGGCUGCGUCGAGGCAUCUCAGGAGCUCAUCUGCGAAGUUGUCUUCCAUCCUUCCUACACAGCCUGUGAUGCGGGCGAAUUCGUGCUCCAAGUACACGGCGGAAACUCAAUCAAACUGAAAUGCACGGCCAAAUUUGGACAACCACAAGUACAAUUCAUAGACAGAAGGGUACUGUUCGACAACGUCCCUCUGAACAUGACCACCACUAGAACGGCUGUGCUAUACAACCCCAGUCAGAACCACGCGUUUUUCGAGGUCGUGGACCCCGCGCCUUUUGACGGUCUAGCAAUCUCGCCCAUAUAUGGAAAAGUGCCGGUCGGUGGGAGCAAGGAAAUUACUGUUUCCUUGCAUCCGACACAGGUCAUCAAAUUCGAUUCACACCUAAUGGUAUCCUUUAGAAACUGGAAGACUCUUGAUCUGAGAAUCGGAGGUGUCGUGGAACCCCCGAGUGUAGAACUAGACGUGAAGUCAUUCAAAAUUGGCGGAUGCUAUUGCGGAUCAGUUGUUACUUCGCCUUUCAAAAUGAUUAACAGAGCUACCAGUGACGCUAGAGUAGAACUAGAUCUGACCAGGCAUCCAGAUUUCGGCAUCAAAUCUCUGGACUCCAACGUCCAGUUGAAAAUGACGGCUGAAGCGCCCAGUCGGGUAUAUACUGUUAUAUUGGAAGGUGAGCAGAGCGCAAACUUCGCACUCGAGUUUAAACCAACUGAGGUUGCUUCAUAUGAUUUUAUACUACAUGUCGCAAUCAACGACACAGAAGCCCCGACUCCUGCUCCGACCCCAUUCCCUUCCACUCCUGGAUCUCGAGCAGGAACAGUUUCGCUUCCAUAUACUAACAAGCCACGAGUGAUGCCAUUCGAAGUCGUGACUCCUCGUCGUCGAGUUGUAGCGACGGCGCUCCGACAACCGUUGAAACUCUCAACUACAAAAAUAGACUUCGAGUCUUCUUUCGAAGAGCUACCGGAUGAAGAAAGUGCUCCUGUUGUGUUUACAAUUGAAAAUACAGCGAUUGCAAAACAGGUUUCGUGGCGAGCUGUGUUGGUCGAUAAUGCAGAAACCGCGCCUGUUUUCUUCUUGGGUAAUGAUGAAACAACUCAGCACGGGUCUCUAGAAGUGCAGGAGCAAAUAGAACUUUCGGUCAGUUUCAAGGCCAACGAAACAGGAGAUUACAGCGGCGAGCUUUUGAUCUACGUCAAUGAAGAUGAGACUCCGUUCCGGUCGGUGGCACUCAGUGGGACGCAUAAGGCGCCUGCGCUGACGUUCAACCCUCCGGCGGGAAUCAUUUUGAUGCCGGUGCCACUUGGAGCGGAAAUUACGGCCGACUUCAGUGUUAUUGCACGAUCCUACGCUCGUGAGUCGGAGUUGACUAUUUCGUUGCCCAAAAUUGAGUCUCUGGACGGCGAGUUGAUCGACUGUCUCAAAAUUAAGCCCAGAGGUCUGCCAAGUAGCAGCAGCAACUACAACCGGAUACGCGAGUGUAUGAACGAGGCCUGCAUUCUCAACUAUACUCUCUACUUCAAAUCCUCCAAGCCAGUGUCCUUCACACUUCCCAUUCUAUUCCACGAUUCUUCCGACAGAAGUUUUGAGGUAAUGGUGACUGCAUGUGCUGACAAUUGCAUCCUCACCUGUUACCCAUUCCUGGCCAAACACCGCGACAACUUCAAAAUCACCACCGAACAGGGUCGAUCUCUCCGAGGUCUGAAGGCUCAGUCAAAGGAAUCCCUGUCUGCGGGGGACCCCAUGAUGAUAUCAGUAGGAACUCCUCUGGGACGACCAAUGUCAGGCAAGGAUCCGAGCAGGACCAGCAGUCCUUCUACAUUCAACAGGGCCUCAAGUUCCCUGAAAGAGUCCACGACUUACUCGGGAUCUACUUACCCAAGCACACCUCGCGACGGAGCUCUCAAUAACACACAAUCCGGUCGACAAGAAGUUCCGCAACCUUCUGCUAUGCACCCGGAAGAAUACACGGCAGCUGCCCUGGCCUCCAGGCAGGGUCUGGGCUCGGCUGUGUUCCCGAUGGGAGAUGGGGAGGAGGCCGUGUUCCACCAGGAUGUUUUGGGUGCCACCCAGAGGUGGUUCAGUCAGCACGGGUGGCCGGGAGGACCAUACCCCAUCCGCAUUCCCCAGGGACUCAGAGGUAAUGUGAACAAAACUCAGAAGCAGACGAGUGAUGUAAGAAAAACAGUAUCAAAGGGAGCAGCACCCGAGAUCAAUUCUUCAAGGAAGGAUGUGAAGACAAUCUACGAGAUGUUUUCCAAUCUCACAGGGGGCAAGACAGUGCCGGGGGUGUCCUCCAACCAGCCUCUGCCCUCUGACCCAAAAGAGAGGAUGUGGAGUCUUUACUGGCAACACAGAACCAUGCUCAACUAUCUCAAGAGUCAGGGUGCGAUGUUGUCGUCUGUGCGUGCGGAGUACCUGCUGGAGCCGGCCGACUACAGACUGUAUGUGUCCCUACACGAACACAGUGCAGUCUCUGACCCCCUGGCCCAACUGCAGUCCAGAGGAGCCAUUCACACCUCUGCCGAGGACAGACCGGAGAGUAUAGGAGACGAAGAAGACGACAGUACGUUGGCUGCAGGCGGCACAGUCACCAUGGGAGUGGGGGAGGGGUCACUCCGUUUUGGAACUGGGGCGGGAGGGGGCGCUGGCUCGGGAAUAGGAGCUGUGGGAGCAGGUGAAUCUAAGUCACGUGACUUCAACGAGAUCAUCUUCGAGAGUGUAUCCAAGAGGGCGUGGACAGACGUGUUGCUGCAGAUUUACAAGAUCUUCGUCCUGGGCCGAGUAUCCAUGAAGGUAUUCCGCUCGCAGCCGAGCACCAACCGAGACCAGCCUAGUUUGCCCAGUGUCAGCUCGGACCCGAACUGUAGUAACAUCUACGGAUACCCUGAACGAGUUCUGCUGGCCUGGAUGAACUUCCACUACGAAAACGAACGCCAGAACAUUUGGCGCAACUGUGUCAAGGGAGGAGUUCCUGCAUCUCGCUGGAUUGUGAACUUUGAUCUUGACCUUCUGGACGGCCUCGUGAUUGGCUCUUUGCUCGGAUCCUUUUGCCCAUUUUUAAUUGAGACUCACUUGAAGUAUAUGUAUCCCUCACCCAAUACAGCAGAACAGUGUCUGCAUAAUGCUCUCACCAUUACCAACUGUUUCAAGUUCAUCGGACUGGAUUACGACAUCCAGGCCAUUGACUUGACCGAUCCGAACCCAGUGCCCCUGUUGAUGCUAGUCGCCCACUUGUUCGACAGGUUGCCGCACUACGUUCCACGUGCCAACAUAGACUUCGUGGGCUCUCUUCAUGGCACUGUGUCCAGACAAGUGAAGGUCGGCAACCCGGCCACUAAGCCCAUACACUACCACGCCUUCGUGGCCGGAAAAGACGCCAGGGACUUCCACCUCAACAAGGGAAACUCAGUGACUGUCGGUCCCAAAGGAGAGCAGAACGUGACUAUCCAGUUUAAGAGUCGUUUCCUGCGUCCGGCUGAUGCGGUGCUGUGUCUUGUGGCCCGCAACAUCGGAGGCACCCUCGGCAUGACCCUGGUGUUCGAUCUGAAGACGACGAUCGAAUCAGUGACUCAUUCUGAGGUCAUCAAGUCGGAGUCGCCCUGCUACGAAAUGCAGAACAUCAACCUCAAGGUCUCAAACCCAUUCGACGCCGCCGGUCACUUCCGAGUGGUGCUAGUGGAGUCGGCAGACGCCGAUUCGCCAGUGAGUCGACUCACCAACUCCAUUAAAAACUCUUCAUUCACCUCGGGAGCCCCAAGAUCAGCUGCCGCUCUGAGCUCUGGUGCAAAGGGGUCUAAGCUGAACAAAGUGAAGUCUAAGAUAGAUCACGGCCUGAAGACGAAGACUGAAUUGGAUGAGUCAUACUUGGACGAGACUGUGGAGGAGUAUGUUCCAAAUGAUCCAGAGAUACUGCUCACUGUGCCUUUUCUCUGGGCCAAACUUCUCAAAGCACAGAAACCGAAAGAGCUGAACUCAUUUUACUGCAGCGCCAAGUCUCUCUUCCUGGAAGCCAAGGGAGGCAAAGGAGGCCGACUGAGUGUGCUGUUCUUGCCGUUCGCAGAGGGUAAGAGACCAUGUUCGAUCGUGUUCAUCAAUGAGCACAUUGGGGAGUUCGUGUACUUCAUCGAGGCCACUGCUGGUCUGCCCCUCCCGCAACAAGUGCCAUUCUUCACGCCCGCUGAGCAGGGCAGCAACCGCAUCUCCAGUGCAGCAGCAGCCAACGCUGGCGUGCCUGUCAAACAAAAAGGCGGUAGCCAAGGCCUGUACGGAGGUGAUGACCGAAUUGUAUACCUGCGAUGCGAAGCCAAAAAGGAGAUCACAGAAACGCUUCACAUUCCCAUUACGAACGUGGCUCGCGAACACGCACUGGUAGUGGCAGCUCAACAACUCAUGAGUGAGAAAGAAUUCACGCGACGCAAGCUCACCGGGACUCUGGCGUCGGGUAGUGUGACGGCGGCGGUGGCUAGUUUAGCCGAACCCGACUUGAACCCGAAGAAGAAGUCGCGCCUGCUAGCUCAGAUGACGUUGAACCCAGAUGGUACUGAUUUCACUUGUGACGCUUCGUCUAUGUUCUUCAAAGUACCCAAGUCUGUGUUUGUGCCACAUCCGAUCAACGAUGGUCUGAAGAGAAAGAAGUCCCCGCAGGACCAAGCGGGAAUCAUUCCCAAGUCACUGCUAGAUCUAGGGCUGAACCUGGAUGAUGGAACCAUCUCGCUGCCCAUCAAAUUCAAGGCACCCCAAGUGGGACACUACACGUGCAGACUGGUGUUGCGGAGUCCCAAUGACAUCCGCCUGUAUCACCUCGAGGUGUCAGUCAGUCCCGAGGGCACCACGGCCAUGCUGGAGUUCUCAUGUCCCGCCCAGCAGACUGUGGUUCAGGAGAUCCCGAUCGUGAAUAACACGGAUGCGAGUUGGAUGUUACAAGCGUACUUGAAAGGGGACGCAUUCAGUGGACCCCAGAGCAUCGCAGCCACCCCCAACCAAACCACUCUCUACCCUCUCACAUUCAAGCCAAUGUUCGAAGGCAGCUCCGAGGGAAGUCUCAGAUUAGUCAACAAGACGGAUGGGAUGGAGCACUGUUUUGCACUGAGUGGGUUCGGGGAGAGACCUCUGGCACUGGAACACUUCAUAGUCCACUGUACUGUCAAGAAGAAGAUUGGCUACAUGAUCAGAGUUCCAAACACCACUGCCAGAAAACAGACCUUCAAUAUCCUGUCGGACUGUGGCUUUCUCAGUGGACCAGACACUGUGACUGUUCUGCCUCAGAAGGUGCAGAUGGUAGAAGUGUUCCUCACCCCUCUCAGGAGAGGUCACUACAAACACGUGCUCUCAUUCGUCGCCAAGGACAGGGGCAGGGAGGUUGACGAGGAGACGCUGGCAGCUACUCGGGCCGCUUCUCCCUCCCUUUCGGAGCGCACUUCGGGUGACAGUGGAGAUGAACCCCUCUACCAAAUCUGGUUCUCAGUCGAAGUGGUAGUGGCACCCGGUCUACCUGAGAAGACAAUCGAAAUGUCCUGCAACGUACUAAGCUCUACAUCCCACGAGAUCCCCCUCUCGAACCCGAUGGAAGAGGAGUUGCGAAUGCAGGUGUCCCUGGAAGGAAAUGGUCUAUCGGGAGAAACCAGCGUCCUCAUCCCCCCUAAGUCCCAGGGCGCCUACUCUUUCUCAUUCUCCCCCUCCAAGACUGGACAGAGCACUGGAACACUCAUUUUCUCAAACGAUAUCUUGGGGGAGUUCUGGUACAAACUCAAACUGAAAGGCAACCCCCCUGAGCCGGUUGAGCUGCCCCCUAUGCAGUGUCCCCUGGGACAGUGGGAGAGACACGUGAUCAGAUUGAGCAACUCGACGGGGGAGGACCUGCUGCUUAGUCCUGUCUCCUCCAACCCAAAUAAUUUCACAGUUGAGGGGAUGACUUCAGGAUCACAGAUGUUGCUGCCUGCGCAUAGUGACAUGGAGACACCCAUUCUGUUUGUACCCUCCUGCCUGGGAAGAGGAAACCACGUUGGAAGGAUCACUUUCAACUGCGAUCAGUUUGGAGAGUGGGUGUUCAUUGCGAGUGGGGUGGGUGUGAGUCCUUGGGAGGUGGAGCCAGUGUCAGUGCAAUGCCAGCUGGGCCAGAACUCCUCCCUCAUCAUCCCCUUCCGAAACCCCACCGACGAAACAGUCCUCGUCGAUGUCAUGCUUGCAGCCUCUGCAGCUGACUUGCCGGGCGAGAAUGAGAGAUUGAAGAAUGAGUUCGACCCGGAUGGUCCCUUCUGCCUUCUCCUCAAGCACUCGAGGAAAGUUCUGCUCAGGCCAAAGACUAUUCUCGACAUACCUAUCAGCUAUGCUCCUGACCAGAUGGAGCCGAGUGAGUGUGUAUGUGCAGUGGCGAUCCGAAGAGAGGACGGAGAUAGUUGGGAACUGGAUCCCCUUCGGGAACAGACAGAAGGAGAGGGGGAGGGAAGGAGUCAGAUCAGAUGGGUGUUCCCAGUCAAAGGUGUGCCCCAAUCCACUAUGGACGAGGAAGAAGCACCUUUGAUCAUUGAGUGCGAGGCGCGCAGCCGAGUGGAGGAGAGAGUUGAAGUGAUUCUCACAGGAGUGAUCGGCACAGGGGGGUCGUCUGCUUCCAGGAACAAACAGUCUGCUUCUGCAGCAUCUGGCCUAGAGGGGGGCAACAGCGACCGCGCUAGAUAUUCCGCCCCUGGAUCCCAACCGGCCACCCCACACAUCACCAGUCCAGGGGGAGGAGUGCUGCUUUCUGAAAGCAACUGUGUGGCGCGUGAGUUGUCGUACCAGCUGGUGUUUGGGAGUGACGAGAGCAGACGGCAGCUGGAGAAGACGGUGGCCGUGAGUCUGCUGAAGAGAGACAGGGACAGACAGAGUGGCCACGCCAAACUCAUAUUCAACGCCAUAUUCACCCCACACAAACCCAUACAAGACAUAGUGUUCCUGGAAGUCUCCUCUGCCACCGGGGGAGUGUGGAAGUUCCCCCUCCACCUGAGGGCCACGGAGCCCCCCUCCGAUGACACUAUCGUCAUCAGGGCACUGGGGUUGAACAAGGUCGCCCAGAAGACCAUACACAUCCACAACAGCCACUCCAGUCGACCCGAGAGCUUCAAGGCCUUCUUCGCCACGAACAAUUCGGAUGUCAGUGCCUUCAAAGUGCACCCUACAUUCGGUCAGAUGAACGCUAGCGACCCCAACUCAGCCGGAGAACACAGCAGUGGGCUGCAGGCGGGGUCAACUGAGGUCACAGUCAGUUUCCGGCCAAGCACCUAUGGAAAGACAUACAAGGCUACACUGGUCAUACAGACUAAACUGAAGCACUGGUCGUUCGAAGUCAUUGGAACCAUCCCGGAGUACAACCCCCCUCAGCCCCAAACCACCCACUCCUCGAUACCCCAGCCCCUCCCCCUUCCGCACGCCACGACAAUCUACCAGGGGGAGCAGGGUGACCCGAUGGGAAACAGUCGCUACCGCAACUUCAUCCGGGAAAACUUACGACUGGACACGACUGCAGUCAGCAGUCCCUUAAAAGGGAGGAAUGUAGUUCCGCGAAGGACCCAAACUACAUACACUCAGUUAGCAGCCGCGGCUCCGUCCAACAAACCCACGAAGGGACUCAACUUACUGUAAUAAAGAUUUCAGAAAAGAGGCGAAUGAUAAACUUUGUAAAUAAUAAGGCGUAAAACUGAUCAUUGUACAAUGUAAAUAGUUCCGAAAAUUAUAAUUUUGUAAACA